ACUUGGGUCACCAAACAUAAUUUAAACCCGACUUGAACUCCAAUGUUUCUGGUCCCCGCCCAUGUUCAUGUUCGCGCCUUGUUGCCUCCCCACAAAGACGCCCAAAGAAGCCUUUCUGAGGGGAGGGGAGAGAAAAGAGGAGGAGAGACUGUGGCAACAGCAGCAGCAACGACGAACAGAUUGGGAAAAGGACUGAAAGUACUACUUUGGAACCGACAACCUGCGUCUCCUUUCGUUCUUUGGGAUUUAAAUUCACGCGAAACCCUGGGAGGGAUUUGGGAAGUGUGACCUCAUUUCUUUCUCCAGUUCUCCGCCAAUCACAAUGUCUGCUCCAGGCUACCCAGGCUCUCCAAACCAUCCUCCUUACCCACAACCCGGCCAGUCCGCGCCCCCUUAUCCGGUCCCAGCUGGAGGAUAUCUUGGCGACCCCAAUCAGGGUCCCCCACCAGGCUUCAACAUGGGCUACAACCAGGGCCAGCCUCCUGUUAUGUAUCAACCGGGCCCUGCUCCAGGUCCAGACUUCGUCGGCCAACCAAUGGGAAUCUCUCCAGCUCCGACUCCUGUCGGCGUCCCGCCCGGGCUCGAGUACCUCACACAGAUCGACCAGAUCCUGAUCCAUCAGAAAGUUGAGCUCCUGGAAGCUUUCAUUGGGUUUGAGACAAACAACCAGUACGAGAUCAAAAACAGUCUGGGCCAGAAGAUCUACAAGGCCAAGGAGAAGAACGACUGCUGCACCAGGAACUGCUGCGGCUCUCUGCGCAGCUUCGACAUGAAGAUCAAGGACAACAUGGACAGGGAGGUCAUCCGUCUCAUCCGGCCCUUCCGAUGCGUCUCCUGCUGGUGUCCCUGCUGUCUGCAGGAGAUGGAGGUCCAGGCGCCGCCGGGAACCACCAUAGGGUUCGUCAAACAGGACUGGCAUCCUUUCCUGCCAAAGUUCUCCAUCCAGGGACCAGAUGGAGAGACGGUGCUGAGACUGAAGGGGCCCUGCUUCGCCUGCAACUGCUGUGGGGACGUCGUCUUUGAGCUGACGGGUAAAGAUGGCGAACAACCCAUUGGUCGGAUCAGCAAGCAGUGGAGCGGCCUCUUGAAGGAAGUCUUCACUGACACGGACAACUUCGGCAUUCAGUUCCCGAUGGACCUGGACGUAAAGAUGAAGGCCGUCCUCAUGGGCGCCUGCUUCCUCAUUGACUUCAUGUUCUUCGAGAAAGUGGGAGAGGCUAACCAACGCAGCUCUGUGUUUUCAUAACCGAGUGCCUCAGUCCACCUUUGUUGUCCAGUUCCUGUCUUGGUUUCUUCAGCAGAAGUUCCAGCAGAAGUCCCAGCGUUCAUUUAUAAAUGUUAAAUGAUUAGAUUCAGUAUUUUUUGGGCUUCUGGCCAAUUUGAUCAUACUAGGAAGGAUGUUGAUGGUUCCCACACUCCGCAGAGCUUUUACAUGUUCAUUUGAUUUGUGAUAAAAUGUUAAAAAAAAAAUCACCCGUCUUCUAUCAUACGUAGCUCAACAUAUCCAAAUACUGUUGAAUGUGCUUUCUGCUGCCAUCUCUCUCUGUGCUUUUUCUUGUUAUUGAUAUUUGUCAACAUAUAUUUUACAAUAUGUGAUUAUCGUUGUCAUGCUCCUAGAGCAUUCAUAGUAGGAAAAGUGUAAGUGCAAUAUACUUUUGGACGCAGAAGUCGUAUUAAUCACUUUGUUUUUAAAGUCGUGGCAGCAUGCAGCUGAGGCCAUUGUCAUUUUGGUCAGUUAUGAUUCAAUAUUCAUAGGACUAACAAUUUUUUAUUUACCUUUUUUAUGUAGGCUUCUAGGACAGAUGCUAUCGUGUAAAUACGUGUUGUAGUCUAAUGUAGAAUGUUAUAGCCAAUUCACCUGCUCACUAUUACAUUAUUAGUGUAGCUACUGUUUAACCAAAGCAACAAAAAAAAAAACAGCCAAAACAGGCUUGGUGUCACUUCUUAGUUUUAGCUUUUAUUCGAGCUACUAUUUCAAACUUUGUGUCAUUGAACUUGAUAAGGAAGUGGUCUUUGUGCCAGUCUGAUUAAAAAUAAAAACAGAAAAAGAAACCCCUAGGUGUUGCAUGCUGAUAGGAUUUCCCGAAGCGGUAAUUUCCCUCGUUUUCUUCUCUGCUCCAAGUUGAAACCACUUGCGUCUACAGGCUGUGGUGCGACAUAAAACCAUUAAGACUGAAAAGUGAAUGAUAACGUGCCCAUUUAGUGCUUGCCGUGGAAACGGCUCGAGCAGCUGAACUUUACCCUGCAGGUUUCCCUCAGUUUCCUGUGAUUGUACGGCCUAAAAGUGAAUUGAACAAGUUGUGCGGCACGAAUAGGAAGCUAAAAAAAAAAAAAAAAAGAAGUUGUGGUUUGUCAAAGUUGAAGGAAAAAAUACUCUCAAAAUGAACCUGUGUGAGCUCUCACCUUAUGGUGGUUUACGUUGUUUAUAGAAAAAGUCAGGUCGUUUGAUGAAUGUAAAUGAUCUGCUUUGCAUUCAAUACUCCCACUCCUAGUGGUUAUGCUCAUGAAGAUAACACGGGCGUGACCCCUGAACCUUUUUUUUUUUUUUUUUUUUGCCACUGACGCUAACUGUUAACAUUCAUUUCCUUUUACCUUGUGUCAGUAAUCUCAUCUCCAAAGAAGCCAAAGUGUGUAGAGUGCAGAUAUUCAGUUUAAUUUGCAGUGCAUGCUUUUGUAACAUACAAGUGUAACCUUUGAAUUUUUUAUUACAAACAAAAAACUCAAAUUAAACCGAUGUUACUUUAAACCUG